AGGGUCACCGUCGUGCAGUGGAAAGUCGAAACAUCCGUUGAAAAGAAAUGCUUCCCUUUAGUUUUUAAGUAAGGCUAUGCAGUCCUCGCAUUUUUCCAUAUUUUCGGAGCUUGUUAGCUCGAGCUUCUUUUCAGUUGUUUUGUUUUCCUCCGAUUUCAACUUUAAAAAACGGCUGCCACGUCGCGAAUGUACCUUGUGUUGGGACAGGACGGAGUCGCCCUGACAAAUCUUCGCCAAACUACAGCCGGGCCGUCGCGAAACACGACACGGAGCUUUCUGACCACUUGCUGCACUUUAAAGUGAUUUAAAAAGUACCUGCCGUAUGGGCCGGCCCUGCAUUCCUGUUGGAGACUUCUUCGUGCCAGUCAUCUGGACGUUGUUACCUGAUUGGCUGUCAGCCUGCGAACGCCGUACGGGAAACCGCCAAAUCACAACACGGAAGUAGACUUCUGCAGCCGCCCCACUGCCGACAUGGUGCCCCUACAGGACGUGUGGCCCUCGGCGUGGAUGCUGGCACCUCUUCUGCUGCUCCUGCUGACUGCCUCUGCACUGCUAUGGAGGGGUCAGAAGCGGCCUGUGGCCAGCCUGCUUGGUCACUACCUGGCCACGAAGAUGGUAGCCUGGCUGGGCCAUCGCCAGAGGCGACUAUUGGAAGCAAACACGCUGAACGUGCGGAGGGUCCAGGAGGGGGGCUUGUUGCGUCACUUGCGGCUGAACCAGCACACGGAAUGGGGGCAGCAGCACAGGUUCAAGGAGGUGACAGGUGCUGACUCCUUUCGCCAGUGUCACCCCCUCACGCAGUAUGCCGACUACGCUGAGCUCAUCCACAGAGUCAUCCAGGGAGUCCCGGAGGUGCUCACCGUGGAGAGGCCCUGCACGCUGACCCUCAGGCCGCCGUCCUCUGAGUGGGACCACGUGUACCUCUGCACCCCUGCAGCCAACGCAUGCUUUUUCUUACAGGGCUCUACCGUGUGGAUGGACGCCGCCUUCCAUGCCUUCCCCAGCACGCGGCUCCUGCAGAGAAGUGCCAGCUUUGGCAGGCUGUCAUCCUGGAGGCGGGCAGAGUCCUGGAUGCCCGCCGGAGUCUCGGUGGGCUCCUGGCUCUUCCGACGCUUGCAUGCUGCCCCUUUCCAGAUGGCAGACGAGCGAGAUGCCCUCUAUGUGGAGCUGCUGUUGGCUCUGAAGGACCCCUCCCUGGAAGUACUGGAAGCUGCCAGCGCUCGAGAACUGUGUGCUGCGUUUGCCACCCUGCAGGAAUGCUGGCAGCAGCUGAUCGAAGACAUUCGAGUGGGCACCCUCAGCCCACGGCUGGACCUGGAGCACGACCUGCGGCAGCAGGUUAAUCGUUUACUCAACGCUGAUGCCCACCGAGCCGAUGAUCUGCACCUGGAGUUUGAGAAGGGCUUUCGUGGGAUCGCUCGCCGGCUCUGGCCCAACCUGAAGCUGGUGGCGGCAACGCUGAUUGGUCCAAAUCAGCUGUAUGGUGCCAUCUUGCAGAACUACUGCUGCCAAGACGUGCCCUUCUACUCACCAGUCUACACCGUGGCAGAAGGGCUGGUUGGGGUGAACAUCUGGCCUGAGAAGCCUGUCCCCACAUACCUGCUGUGCCCAGGCGCCAUAUUCUGUGAGUUCAUUCCAGAUACUUGCUGGGAAGAGAAACAGCCCAAAACGUUACUCAUGGAUGAGGUGGAGGUGGACACUGUCUACGAGUUGGUGGUCAGCGGUGUCGCUGGCCUGUGCAGGUUCCGCACUGGCGAUGUUGUGAAUGUGACAGGCUUCCAUAAUCAGUGUCCCAUAGUGGAGUUCAAGUACAGACGUGGGCAGACUCUGAACUUGCGUGGUGAGCAGACCACCGAGGAGAUGUUCGUGCAGGCCCUGCAGAGUGCGGUGAGACAGUGGGCUGGUGCAGAGCUUGUGGACUUCGGCUGUGCUGAGAGCAGCCUGGCAGGGUCUUUCUCUGUGGGGUCUGAUCACCAUUAUGAAGUCUUUGUCGAACUGGUGGGCAUCAGGAAUCUGUCAGAAGACCAGCGGCUAAAGCUCGACCACAGCCUCCAGGAGACGUCGGCCACAUACAAGUCGCUGCGCUUCAGGGGGAGCGUUGGACCCGCUCAGGUGCAGCUUGUCCGAGGCGGAUCAUUCCGGGAGCUUCAUCGCCAUCUUCUGAACGAGUGCCCAGGGAACCCUGCCAGCCUGGAAGUCCCCCGUGUCCUGCAUCGAAGGGAGCAUGUCUGUUUCCUUCAGAGCAGAAUCAUCUCGUAGCCUUGUGUGGAGGAAGAGGAGGGUGAAGAGUCAGGGCCACCAUAGUCCAUAAACAAAUUGUCAGGUGUCCAAAACAUCUGCACAAAUGACAAGACCACCACCUGCUCCCACCAGUGGGUUUACUGGAAUUGAACAUA